CAUAAAAUCAUUGGUCUAUAAAAUCAAGCUCCACAAGUUGACCAUGAUCCACCUGACUUUGACCGAUCGCUUUGCAUUCAUUUCGUUUCGUCUCUUCCCAACCCAACCCUCAUUCAUUGCCUUAAUUCAUUUUCUCUUUCUCUCUCUGUAAACACAAAUCCUAAGAAGAAGAAGAAGAAGGAACAAUGAUGCGUUGGUAGAUCGUGAUUUGGUGCGGGCGCGAUCAUUGUAGGAUCGAUGCAUUGGAAUUUCGCAAUGACGAAGGAAUCAUUUGAGAAUUGAUUUGAGAAAAUCAUUACUAUGUCUGAAUUGGUGGCCCGUACGGGCCGGCAUCAGCAGCGGUACGAGAACGGUUAUCGUCUUGUUUCUGGGUGUGUUCCAUUUAGAUAUAAAAGUUCUAAUGAUUGUGGAGACUCUAGUUCUGAGAAGAUUGUUGAAGUGCUUAUGAUAAAUUCACCAAGCGGACCUGGUCUUUUGUUUCCCAAGGGAGGUUGGGAGAAUGACGAAACUGUUGAGCAGGCAGCUGUAAGGGAAGCUGUAGAAGAAGCAGGAGUUCGAGGAGACAUAAUGGAUUUUCUUGGAUACUAUGAGUUUAGGAGUAAGACCCAUCAAGAUGAGUUUAGUCCAGAAGGUUUAUGUAAAGCAGCAAUGUUUGCUUUGUUUGUUAAGGAAGAACUUGAGUUAUGGCCUGAGCAAAGUACCAGAAAUAGGAGAUGGCUAGCUGUGUCGGAGGCACUUGAAAGCCUCCGGCAUGCGUGGAUGAGGGAUGCCCUGGAAUGCUUUUGUAAAUGGCAUGAGGAUAAGUUGGUGAAUGGAAGGGAAGAAUAAGAAGGAUUUGCUGACUAAUUACAUGUAGGGCAUUGUAUCUGUGUUUAAAACACUUCUCUUGGGGGUUCCAUUACUUUAGGACAGUUAACUCUAAAUCAGAAUUGCAUGGUAGUUUAUCGUUGUUUCGAAUCUGGAUUGAUCUCUGAUUUUUUUUUUUAAUUCAGAGUAUAUAAUUCAUAACAUUGGUUUUAGUUGAGACUGGAGGAUGCUUGUUCUGGUUGUUUUAA